CAGUGGAAAAAAACAAAUCCAGCUUAUGCGACAGCGUGCAGGGAGCGCGAUCGCCACUAGACCAGACCUAAGUUGUUGUCAAGAGAAUCAGCUGAUGGGAGAGUCCAUUACGGCCACCAGGGUUAUGGCGACCUCACGUGAACGUCGGGGGAGCGCAGUGGAAAAGGUUGCCUUGACGUUUCGUAAUGGCGUUUGUCGUAACGCGUUCGCUUUGAACUGACGGUACUUUGCUGAUCGGGGGCUAAAUCCAUGCCUGUUUACUCUCGACAAAAGAAGGGAAAUGUUGCGUCACCGAGGGCAAGCUUUGCUCCCGCCGUUCCCCGGAACGAAGUAGGAGGUUUCAAGUUGACCAAACACUGCUUUGGCCGUCGUAGGUGCGGCUAUUCGUAUUCGUGGGCCGUUCCAGCAUAGAGUUUGUGUUAUCUCGCGCGAUGCAACGCGUGCUGACAUGCUGCGACAACUGGCCUGGCAGUUUGCAGAUGGGGAUGGCCUUCAGCCAGGUGGUCCACAUCCUGCAGCAACAGUUCCGGGCCAUCAAAGGAGUGCAGAUUAUUUAUAACGAACUGAACCCGUUGGCCAGUGACCUGGUCAUUGUGCUCUCGGAGGACGGCAUCAAGCUCAGCUUUGACCCCACCUCUCAGCGCCUCAAGAUCAUUGAGGUGAACGACAUGACCAAAGUUAAAUUAACCUAUUGCGGAAGCCCCUUUUGCUCGCCGGAGAUCCUUCCCACGAGGCAGCAGAUCGACGACUCCUUCGGUGCCACCCACCCUGGCGGUGAGCGCUUCCCUCGCUCUGCUCCCAGGGGUGUGAGACGUGAGCGACGUGUCUUCCCCUCAGAUUACGACGCUGCCCAGCAGAUGUUCGUCCUCAACUUCCGUGGCCUCUCGUUCUCCUUCCAAGCAGACCCCAAGCUGCAGUCGAGGAUGGAGGAGGUGAUGAACUCGUCGCUUCACUUCCCCAACGGGACGUCUCCUGUGGUCUCCAGGAUGGCCAUCUACUACGGCAACAGCCUCAAGGACACGAGGCCACCCCCGCUGCCGCUGUCCUGCUUCUACAACAGCACGUACCUGCAGUCCCUGGAGGUGCUUCGGGAGAAUGCCACUACUGUCGGAGUCAAGCUGACUCUCCUCACGGAAGCUUACGAGGUGUCCAGGCUGACUGGCCCCAUCGAGAAGACCCUGGUGAAGACCAUUCGAUUUGGAGACACCGUUCAGGACGUGGUGUCGGCUCUGGGUUCACCAAGCAAGGUGUUCUACAAGGAGGAGGACAAGAUGAAGAUCCACGCACAGGACUCGUACAAGCUGCUCACUUCCCGGUCCUCGGACUACUUCUACAACUACUUCACACUUGGAAUGGACGUGCUGCUGGAUGCCAACAGGCACACGGUGAAGAAGUUUGUGCUGCACACCAACUAUCCGGGCCAUUACAACUUCAACAUGUACUACCGGUGUCAGUUCAGCAUUGCGCUGCGGGUGCCACCCACCCCGGAGCAGCGCAGGGCCACCCUGGUGGACGUGGCGGACAGCAGCGCCCGCCUGGUGACGGCUUUCACCAAGUGGGACGAAAUCCAGGAGCGCCUGGUGAAGCCCUCGGAGCGCCCCGUGGUGCUCAACCGGACCUCCUCGACCAACACCACCAACCCGUUUGGGCCGACCUACUCGUACGGAUACCAGGACAUCAUCUUUGAGGUGAUGCGCAACAAGCACAUAGCGUCGGUGACCCUGUACCAGGAGCCGGCCUGCCAGAGUGGCUCAUGACUAGGGCACCCACACCUGGCACGCCUCUGGGACGACCGACGAGCACACUCUUGUCCGGAGCACGGCGGGCGGACCAGCGGCAUGGACACCCGCUGCGUCUGACCACACUGCGUCCGACACUCCUCCGUGGGAGGGUCACCAAGGCGUUGUUUUUCUCGCAACGCCGCCAGUGGGAGCUGCCACUAAUACUGGUGUGUGUCUCGAUUCCACGGGCAUUUGAAAGGAAAAAUAAACUGUGGUUGCUCUUUUA